CAACAAAUAUCAUCAACUUUUAACUAUUAAAUUCAUGAAAUGAAUAAUAAAUUAAUUUUUAUUAAUUAAAUUAACUGAAAUGAUGUCAUUUUGCUUAAAAUGCGUAAGUCGAUCAUACCAAUCAUACCAGUAGUGUCAUACCGGUUUCAUGACCGGCACAGGUUGAACCAGGUUCAACCGAUUGGCAUGUCACUAGCAUGACAACCAUGAAUUUCCAUAUAAUUAGCUAAUAGAUAAAGAGCAAAAGAGUAGCCCAAAGGGGGCCCAAGUAAGGUAGAGUCUAACAUCGUUGGACUUUGAAAGCUACUGACAUUCCCAACACACAUCCCUAAGCCCAUGGCCUCCAUUCCCAAUGGGCCCUAAAAGAUGUCUAUGGCUUUUCGGUUUAUUAGUCGGUUUCAAUUUAUUGGGCCUCUAUUCCACUUCACAAUAUCCCCAAAUUGUGCUGUUCUUGCUUCUCGUCCCAUAUUCCCACCCACCACAGAUAAUAAUAAUUGAUUAGUGAACAAAUCGUCUAGAGCUAGUGCAAAUAUGUCAUCACGAUCACAAGAUAUCUUCUCAAUUAUUUAUCCAAUUUUUGUUUAUUAAACUACAAUACCUGGCUGGGCCCAUCAGACUAUUAAAGUAAGAAAGCCCACUUGCACAUCUAAUCUAUUACCCAAACCCAAUCCAACCGAAUAUCUAAUUCCACUCACAAUCCCAAAACCAAUAAACAAUUCAACAGGCGGUCACCAUCCCUCAUUCCGUCCCUUUCAAGCUCCUAACUCCGUCUAAUAACCGAGCAAUUAUCCGGCCAGUGCACCUUCCACCCAGCUACCACCAGUCCACCACCAUCGUCCUUUUCCCGCGGAAAGCGCCAACUAACGCCGUGAAUUCCAGCGGCAGAAAAGAGGGAAAAAAAAAACAAACAAACGCCAUAAUUCUUAUCAACGGCGUGACCUCGUCAUUAUCGGAGAAGAUUCCAAUUCCGAGACGGAAACCAACGGCAACCAAACAAUCCCUUGCCGUGUCAACUAGGCCAGAGAAAGAGACGCCGACGAUCACGUCAUUCCAUACACGUGUCGGAUUUGUAAUGGCUCGUCCAUGACCAAGGCGGUCCUUCCUCAUCUAUAAAUCGGUUCCCAAUCCCUCCUUCUAUCUUCACAACUCAUUCAUAACACCGAUCUCUCUUAUCAAAUCUUCGAUUCAGAGCUUUCUUUCUCUCAGUUCCUCUCAAGGUAUCAUCUCAGCUUCCUCUUUCCUGUUUUUGUUCUUCCUGCUCUAUAAUCUCGAUUGUAUUUGGAUUGUACGAUUAAAAUCUCUGGGUUAGGGUUUGUUUAUAUCUCUAUAUUGGUUGGUGAUUCGCCUGGAGAUUGUUUCGAUCUAGGACUAGGAGUUAGGGUUUCUCUAAUUCAUAGUACUGUAAAGUAGAUCGUCAGAAGUCUUGUUGCUCAAGGGUCUAGAUUGUUGAAUUGGUGUAUCGUCGAUUCAGGUAAUUUUGAUCGGGUUUUGCUGAAUUGCGAUUCUUUGAUUCUGUGAUAUCCAGAUGCAGAUCUUUGUUAAGACGCUCACCGGAAAGACCAUCACUCUCGAGGUCGAGAGCAGCGAUACCAUCGACAACGUCAAGGCAAAAAUCCAGGACAAGGAGGGGAUCCCUCCGGACCAGCAGAGGCUGAUCUUCGCCGGCAAGCAGCUGGAAGACGGAAGGACCUUGGCUGACUACAACAUCCAGAAGGAGUCGACCCUUCACCUGGUUCUCCGUCUGCGUGGAGGCAUGCAGAUCUUCGUCAAGACCUUGACCGGAAAGACCAUUACUUUGGAGGUCGAGAGCUCCGACACCAUAGAUAACGUCAAGGCGAAGAUCCAGGACAAGGAGGGAAUCCCUCCGGAUCAGCAGAGGCUCAUCUUCGCUGGAAAGCAGCUCGAGGACGGAAGGACUCUUGCUGACUACAACAUCCAGAAGGAGUCAACUCUCCAUCUUGUGCUGAGGUUGAGGGGAGGUAUGCAGAUCUUCGUCAAGACCCUGACUGGAAAGACCAUCACUUUGGAGGUUGAGAGCUCCGACACCAUUGACAAUGUUAAGGCAAAGAUCCAGGACAAGGAGGGCAUUCCCCCGGAUCAGCAGAGGCUUAUCUUCGCCGGUAAGCAGCUGGAGGAUGGAAGGACCCUUGCUGACUACAACAUUCAGAAGGAGUCAACCCUCCACCUUGUGCUGAGGUUGAGGGGAGGUAUGCAGAUCUUCGUCAAGACCCUGACUGGAAAGACCAUCACUUUGGAGGUUGAGAGCUCCGACACCAUUGACAAUGUUAAGGCAAAGAUCCAGGACAAGGAGGGCAUUCCCCCGGAUCAGCAGAGGCUUAUCUUCGCCGGUAAGCAGCUGGAGGAUGGAAGGACCCUCGCUGACUACAACAUUCAGAAGGAGUCAACCCUCCACCUUGUCUUGAGGCUCCGGGGAGGUAUGCAGAUCUUUGUGAAGACUCUGACUGGGAAGACCAUCACCCUCGAGGUCGAGAGCUCUGACACCAUCGACAAUGUCAAGGCCAAGAUCCAGGAUAAGGAAGGCAUUCCCCCAGACCAGCAGAGGCUGAUCUUUGCCGGCAAGCAGCUGGAGGAUGGGAGGACCCUUGCUGACUACAACAUUCAGAAGGAGUCAACCCUCCACCUUGUCCUCAGGCUUAGGGGAGGUAUGCAGAUCUUCGUGAAGACCCUUACUGGAAAGACCAUCACUUUGGAGGUCGAGAGCAGUGAUACCAUUGAUAACGUGAAGGCUAAGAUCCAAGAUAAGGAGGGUAUCCCACCAGACCAGCAGAGGUUGAUCUUUGCAGGGAAGCAGUUGGAGGAUGGAAGGACCCUUGCGGAUUACAACAUCCAGAAGGAGUCCACUCUCCACCUUGUCCUGCGUCUUCGUGGUGGCUUCUAAGUGGUGUUGAUUCACUGGUCUGUGGAAGGAGGUUGUUGAAUGAAUGUUUCGAAGUUCCUGGGUUGGAUCUGUUUCAAGUUUUUCUCUUUCAGUAAUGUGUUGGCCAUUGUGGCCGUGUGAACUAUGUCUUUCAUUUAUGUUGUUGGAUGAGGUUGCCCAAUGGCUCCUCUGUUAAAGUCUUCAUCUUUCGGUACUGUGUUGGCCAUGGUGGCCUUGUGAACUUUGUCUUUUCUUUCUGUUGUUGUUGAAUAAAAUGCCCUUGUUGUAUCAAGGGAUGUUUCAUUAUCUGGUGUUGGUAGUUCUUAAUUCUUAUGGGAUGAUGGUUGCAAGAUGUUUGUUUUAAGUUUGCUGCGAUGACUGGGGUGGCCUUUGCAGAGUUCUGUCUCUUUUUAGGCCGUGGAGGGUGGAUUUUCAUCCGAUUGAAAAGCAAAGCUUGAAACUGUGUUCCGAGUCUGGUGAAAUUUAGUACCUGUUUUGGUUUACUGGUCUGCUUGUGUAGCGUUUUGGUUUGGCAAAGUUCGAACCUCGUAUCUGCUUCAGUGAGUUCUCUCAUUAAGACUGACAUUCAUCAGCGGCAUACAAAUGGGGUUUCUAGUUCAUAUGAGUAGCAAUUAGUGUACCAAUCUAACGCUCUGGUAACUGGUAAGCCAACUUAAUCAACAAUUUGAAGUGGUACUUGCUUCCUUGGUGGAUUAUCGGCGUGAAACCUUACUUGAAUUUCAAAAGAUUUAACGCGAAAAUGUGAAUCACUAUAGUUUUUAACUUGACGAAGCUAUAAGAGAAUGUAAACGAGAUUCAAAUCGCCCUUGAACUGCAUCAAUGAAAAAACUAACCAACUACGAACGUUAAGAGCUAUAAUUUCUCGAAUAAGUCAAUCACCUCAACCUGGCAAAAAAAGCAUCAUUUUUCAGUUUCUGAUGUUACAAAACGUUAGAUUGUACUUACUUCUUUCCCUGUAUGAACAUCACAAAUAUACUACUCGUGCAAUUAAAAAUAGUUGCUUCGAGCUGGUGCAAGCAUGGCAUAUCGCUAAGAAUAUAUCUUAUAGGUCAUCUAUAAGUUCAUGCGCCAUUGUUUUUUCCCCCUCAACAAGGAGCUACCUAAACCCACCAAAACCAGGAACUCCUAAUCUACCCCCAACACCCCCACUUGUCAAUAUCAUAAUUAGAUACUAAAUUACAAGGAAUCUACUUUGUUGGUUCCUGCGUGUGAGCUGUGUUGUUAGCCUGAACGUUUCGACGAUUUCAAUAGUUGUCCUUAUGUGAACUCUACUAUCGAUAUAAUUAAAGUAGAUAUCUUACCAAAUAAACUCACGAUUAGCUUAGGGCUGUCCAUUUGGUUUUGGUUUUUUGGUUUUAACCGAAACCAAACCAAUUGUAAAGCUAAUGGUUUCAGUUUUUUGGUUUUAAACCAAUAAGCAACUUAAUGGUUUUGGUUUGGUUAAAACCGAAAAACCAAUAGAAACCAUUAAGAAACCAAUAAGAAUAAAAUUAUUUAUCAACAAAUAUUUUUUUGUUUGGUUUCUUUUGACACGCAUGCCAACCAAUAAUUUGUAAUGGCCAUUUACCAUUAUUAUGACGUCUGUUCAAUAAAAAUGAAGGAAAUAUGGUUUUUUGGUUAUCCAAACCAAAACCAAAACCAUUAAGGUCCUUAUUGGUUUUGGUUUUUGGUUUUUCAUACUUAAUGGUUUGGUUAACCAAACCAAACCAAAUUGAAAGCCCUAGUUAUGCUACACGUUAACCAUGGACGAGUCAGUGGGAUAUCUUGGACGAGUUGGUACUACUCUUUAUUCUCAUGAGAUAAAAGUUGACGCGAAGACUCUUGGAAGGUCUCAAAUUAGCUCAAAGAUAUGGAUCCGAGUGUGUUGUUCCCAAAGUACUGUCAGUCUGUUGGCCUUAUGGCGUUUAUUCUCGGAAGUAUCCCACAAAUCAAAGUCAAUAAAAUUUCCAGAAAACA